AUGAGCUGCAAACAUCCCCAGCAAGUCGAGAUCAAAGUGAUCAUUGGGGAACUGAGGCGUCAGACGGCGGACUUGCAGAAGUUACGCGAGCUGCUCAUUCGCCUGAUACGGUCUUCCCCUGGUUAUACAGAAGUCAUUCGUGAAGCCGUGGAGUCCUGCGCAGAACGAGUCAAUUGUGAUGAUGGGCAUAGCAAGGUUGUGUACGAAUUGAUCUACAAAUUACGCCAUACCGACGAGAGUCUCCGACGUCUGGAUUGGAAGAUCACGGAGCUAGAAGCUCUCCUCGCGCCUAUGCAGUAUCUUCCCGACACGCUGCUACUGGCCAUCUUCAAGGCAGGUUGCAGGCAGCCACGUCCAGAGCCGGACGUAUGGUUACCUUUUCCUAUGCUCGUUGCCUCCGUGUCGCGUCGCUGGAGAAAUCUUACUCUUACCACGCCCACCCUUUGGACGAACCUGCAUAUUUCCAUGGAGGGACCCCGUUCUUGGGCGAGUCUUGCACUCACACGAUCUGCAACGCACCUGCUGGACAUCACUAUCGACGGUCGUGUAGAGUCCACCAGUCGACUAGAGGAGAUUGCGACACAUGGACACGCAGAGGCUCCUCGCCGCACGCCGACAAUAGUUUCGCGCUUGAACUUGCUCGUCCCGCACAGCAAUCGCUGGCGCAAAUUCACGGUCAUAACCCAUCAUUCCAUCGACAUCAAAGUAGUAGGCGAAAUCAUAAAGAACGUGCAAUCGCCUUUCCUCGAGCAUCUCCGACUGUCUCUCACUGGCAGCGGUCCCGCGGGUAACCAGGAGGUUCCCCUUCCUGCUAUCCUCGGAGGGGGCGCGCCCAUGCUGUCUGCUGUGCGCUUGGACAGCGUCUCCCUCCCGUGGAGAUCUAUGCCCCUCUCUGGUCUGUCGGCGAUCGACAUUCGCUGGAUGUGGGAUCGAACCAAGCUGAUGUAUCCCCAAUUCCGCGACCUCCUAGCAGAUUCACCCUCGCUGCAGCGGCUUAUCCUGCGAGGCCGGCACGUCGAGCUCCGCCCCAGCUCGACGUACGAGUCUAUCCAUGUACCCUCUCUCCGCUACCUGGAAUUGUCGGGUGAUAACAUCUGCCGCCUGUCCUCGAUCCUCAUCACACCCGAGCUCGAGACGCUGGCGCUCGUGAAUGUGGACGAGAGCGAGUUCCGCGAGUUCGUCGGCUCGUUGUCGUCAGUCAAGAUCCGCUACUCUGCAUUGCGCUUCCUCAUCUUCGUUAACGUCACCACCUGUGACCUGUCGUCAGGGUUCACGGAGGCGUUCCCCAACAUCGUACAGCUCACGAUCAUUAAUUCGCAUGCUAAUCAUUUUGUUGAACUCAUGCUGAGGAAGCAUGACAGCAUGUACCCUGGCCCCGACACGGGCAUCUGGCCAUUGUUGAACACGAUUGUGCUGAUAGCUGACGAUGUGAAUUACGACAGACUCCGUCAGAUGCUCCUCAAGCGCACUGCGGAACAGCUGGCGGUGCAGCGUUUGAUUUUGAAUGGGAUCUACACACACAAUCAUCAAUAUGUGUCACCGUUGAUGGAUUUGGUGAAGGUUGAUGGUAUCUCUGUACUGGAAGGAGAUAUGUAG